AGAGCGCCGCGGGCUCCCAGGUCCCCGGAGUAAACUACAGCCCCCAGCAUGCCCCGUGCCUCGCGGGCCGGCGGAGACUGCGCGCGCAGGCCCCCGGGAAUCGUAGUCUCGGUCACGUGCACGCGGGGCCGCGCUGCAGCGACCGGAACUCGCCUUCCCGGCGACCCGUCUAGCUGGGCCGGGCGCUAAAACACGCCUGGCUGGGCGGGGCGCCUCGCGAAGAUGGUGGCGCGCUCGGAGUGUGGCUCCCACCGUCUGCCCAAGUGUCAGCUCGACGCAGCGGCUGCCGUGUCGCCGGCCUGGAGCCCCCGGCCGCCCGGGCCCUGACCCUGCGCCUCCGCGCCCGGGUCCCGACAUGCCGCGUGCCCGUAAGGGCAGCAGCGCGCCCCGCAAGGGCGGCCAGCACCGCAGAGCGGGUGCCCGGAGCAGUACCCAGGCUGACUCAGGUUCCAGUGAAGAUGAGGCUGCCAGCGAGGCCCGCAGCACCACCAGUGACUGCCCCAGUCUUCUGAGCACCACUGGGGAGGACAACCUUGGCGGGGAUGCCGUGGAUGAGCAGGGCCAGCAGGAAGACCUUGAGGAGAAGCUGAAGGAGUAUGUGGACUGCCUUACAGACAAGAGUGCCAAGACCCGGCAAGGUGCUCUUGAGAACCUGCGCCUGGCCCUGGCAUCCCGCCUCCUCCCUGACUUCUUGCUGGAGCGCAGCUUUACACUGGCCGAUGCCUUGGAAAAGUGCCUCAAGAAAGGGAAGGGCGACGAGCAGGCGCGGGCGGCUGCCGUGCUGGGCCUGCUCUGUGUGCAGCUGGGCCCCGGACCCAAGGGCGAGGAAUUAUUCCGUAGCCUGCAGCCCCUGCUGGUCUCUGUGCUCAGCGAUACCACAGCUAGUCCCGCUGCCCGGCUCCAUUGUGCUUCUGCUCUUGGCUUGGGCUGUUACGUUGCUGCCGCUGAUGUCCAGGAUCUGGUUUCUUGCCUCACAUGCUUAGAAGGUGUCUUCAGCCGGUCCUGUGGUGCAGGUGGCUCCACAGCCCCUGCGGCCCCCGCCGGCCUGCAUGGCCUGCUCUGUGCUGCCCUACAGGCCUGGGCAUUGCUACUGACCAUCUGCCCCAGCACCCACAUCAGCCACAUCCUGGACAGGCAGCUGCCGCAGCUGACCCUGCUGUUGUCCAGCGACAGUGUGACCCUGCGGAUGGCUGCGGGCGAGACCAUCGCUCUACUCUUUGAGCUCGCCCAGGACCUGGAGGAGGACUUCAUUUACGAGGACAUGGAGACACUCUGUGAGGCCCUGCGCACUCUGGCCACCGACAGCAACAAGUUCCGGGCCAAGGCCGACCGCCGGCGGCAGCGCUCCACCUUCCGUGCCGUGCUACACUUUGUGGAGGGUGGCGAGUGUGAGGAAGAGACGAUCCGUUUUGGGCUCGAGGUGCUCUAUGUGGACAGCUGGGCACGGCGCCGGGUCUACGCCGCUUUCAAGGAUGUGCUGGGUUCCGGCUUGCAUUAUCACCUGCAGAACAAUGAGCUCCUGCGGGACAUCUUCGGCCUGGGCCCCGUGCUGGUGCUGGACCCCACUGCUCUCAGGGCCUGCAAGGCCUCACGCUUCGAGAAGCACCUGUACAAUGCCGCUGCCUUCAAAGCCAGGACCAAGGCGCGCAGCCGUGUGCGGGACAAGCGGGCAGAUGUCCUGUGAGGCGUGGCCCGCGAGAGACCAUCAGCGCCCUCAGCUGCAUUCAUAACAGAAGACAGUGCCACAGCUGGUCUCUGCUGUGAAUUGUUGUUUUAUAUUUUUAAUGACAAAAAACAAAAAACCAGAGGGGUAGAGGCCAGCUCAGGGGGACUCGGACCCUUUGCCUCUGCACUCAGCUGUGAGGCCCCUUCCUGCCCCCUCCCAGGCUGUGGCACGGGCAGUGGGGCACUUUCCCUUUCCUUUCUCAGGUCUUCUCCCCUGGGAUGAAUCACUUCCUCGGGGCUUCAGCGUUUUGGACACUUGCCAUAUUAGGGAGGCGAGACUACUGGAAUGAAUUCAUGUGCUGAUUUAUAGCUUACUAGAGAUCAUUAAACUGAAUGCUCUGCUUUGAAG